AUGGAAAAUAUUUCUUCCUUGCAGCAAAAGAUGAUAUCUGCAUUCGUACUCAUUGUCUAUUUAAUUCUAGUGAUGUCUCCGUUCAGUGCAGGAGAAUGCAUUAUUUGUGAUUACUUUGUGCUUGUUGGAGAGCCUGUAGCUGUUAGAUGUCCGAUAAUUACAUUUCCAGCGCUUCAGUCUGAUUACAAUCUGACGUGGUACAAAAAUGGCAGCAUUCGGCCAGUGACCACAGAGAAACAUGCCAGAAUCCACCAGCGAGGCGGCUUGCUUUGGUUUAUUCCUGCAAGACUGGAAGAUUCCGGGCUUUAUGAAUGUGACGCGAGGAGACUGAACCAUUCUAGCAAAAAAUCUAUAAAUCUGACAGUUUUUAAGAAUGAUGAUGGUUUGUGUUUUAAUGGGAAAAUGAAGUUUGAACAGAAAGUGAUGACCACAAAUACUGGAAAGAUUAUAUGCCCUGAUUUAGAAGAUUUUAGGGAUGAAGACAAUAGUGAGCCUGAAGUACACUGGUAUAAGGAAUGUAAACCUGGCUUCCUAGAAGACAAGCGACUUCUCUUGGCAGAGGGUGAACAUGCCAUCUUGAUUCGCAAUGUAACUCUACAAGACAGAGGAAACUACACGUGCCGUAUGGUAUAUAUGCAUAUGGGAAAAAAAUAUAAUGUUUCACGGACUGUGAGUCUAGAAGUUAAAGAAAGCCCUCAACAAAUAAGACCAGAGUUUAUUUAUCCAAAGAACAACACAAUUGAAGUGGAUCUUGGCGCGCAUGUAGUCAUGGAAUGUAAUAUAUCAAGUGGCAUAAAUGGCCUGAUUCCAUACUGGACAGUUAAUGAUGAGGAUGUUGAUAGUUUUGAUAGCAGUUACAAAGAACAGUUUUAUGAAGAGGGGAUGCCUCAUGGACUUGCUGUAUCAGGAACAAAAUUUAACAUUUCAAAAGUGAAAGUAAAGGACUAUGCACAUAAAUUUUUUUGUCACGUUGUGUAUGGUUCUCGACAAAUUACAGCAUAUAUCAAAUUGGAACGUCCAGCUCCAAGUAUUCAAGGUUACUUAAUUGGAGGAGGAGUUUCUUUCGUAUUCUUAGUAUUUUUUACUGUCUUUGUCUACAAGAUCUUCAAAGUUGAUAUUGUGCUGUGGUAUCGCAGCUCCUGCCAUCCUCUCCUGGGUAAAAAAGUUUCAGAUGGGAAGAUCUAUGAUGCUUAUGUCCUGUAUCCAAAGAACAGAGUGAGCUGCUUGUAUUCCUCAGAUACUUUUGCUCUGAAAAUAUUGCCAGAGGUCCUGGAAAGGCAGUGCGGAUAUAACCUCUUCAUAUUUGGGAGGGAUGAUGUUCCAGGAGAAGCUGUGAUCAGCGUUGCUGAUGAAAAAAUACGCCAAAGUAGAAGAGUGAUAGUUGUUCUAGUACCGGAACCGUCCUUUUACAGUAUCCUAGAAGAUGCAUCUGAAAAACAGCUAGCUGUGUAUAACGCUCUUACCCAUGAUGGCAUCAAAGUAAUCCUGAUUGAACUGGAAAAAAUACAGGAUUAUGCAAGCAUGCCAGAAUCCAUCAAAUACAUUAAGCAAAAGCACGGGGCUAUCCGAUGGAAAGGGGACUUCUCGGAAAGCUCUUACUCUGCAAGUACCAGAUUCUGGAAGAAAGUGCGUUACCACAUGCCAUCGAGAAAACAUGCAUCUUCAUCAGGAUUGCACUUGUUACCAAAAGACUUCAAUUCUCCCCAGAUUACCUCGGAAGAAUGA